AUGAGAGAAGACGCCGACGUGAAGCCCCGGCUGUUCUCCCGUACUGUGAAUGUGGGAGAAGCGGUAACGUUAGAGAUGGUUCGGAACCCUGCCUCCACCAGGACUGGAGACUUGGAGUGGAGGAAGAACGGAGUCGUCCUACAGGGUCAGACGGCUCUCGCACUCAACCUCAACAACGUCCAGUCCUCAGAUGAAGGGAUCUAUGAGUGCUACUAUGACGGGGCAUAUUCUGACAGGAAGCAGGGCAUCAUGAGGCUCAUAGUUAGGGCCUGUGCAGAGAACAAGUACGGAUCCGACUGUUCCAAUGACUGUCCUGACUGUUACAACGGAGGGGUGUGUCAUGAUCAGACAGGCGAGUGCGUCUGUCCUCCGGGCUUCAGCGGAACUUACUGUGAGACAGCCUGUGCGUCCGGACGUUUCGGUAAGACGUGUAGGUUCAGCUGCAGUGGAGGCUGUCAGGGCCAGCUGAUGACGGUUCCGGAUCCGGUAGGGUGUACCUGUCCUCCUGGGCUGACCGGAAUGACGUGUCAAGACGUAUGUCCGGACGGUACGUACGGCGCAAGCUGCACCCAAACCUGUCACUGUUUAUCCGGAAACUCAGCCUGUAACGCGGAAACAGGAGCGUGUAGCGGUGGAUGUGCGACUGGCUGGGCGGGAAACUCCUGUCAGAUAAGGCCUGCCACAGUAACACAGCAUCCCUUAGAUCAAACAAUAGAUGUUGGAGGUCAAGCAACAUUCACCUGCAUCAGUACAGGUGUGCCAACACCUGCGAUCACCUGGUACAACGACAGCAGUGCUAUGACACCUGGAGGACAAAUCAGUGUGAUUGAAAAUAUAUAUAAAGUAGUAGCGAACGGUAUCGUCGAAAACGUGGUGACCAGCAUAUUGACCAUUACAUCUGUGGGUCGUGAGGACAACGGAGUGUACAAGUGUGCAUCGUCUAAUGCUAACGGGGUAUACACAGUCACGUCACAGGCGGCUAGGCUUACAGUGCGAGCCCUACAAGUCACGUGGACGGUGGGCGUGACCGGAAACCUGGACAUCCUCGACUCCCGUGUCAGGUACAGGGGAUUCAUCAACGGCGAAUGGGCACCGUACACGCCGUGGAGAGCAACAGGAAUUUCAGGCACAAACGGAACUGUUCGCAUCUCUGGUCUGGUACCCAGUGUGAGCUAUCGUGUACAAGUCACUGUGGAAAAUGAGUUGGGAUUGAGUUGGCCGCCUUCAUGGGCAAGUGGAACUACAGAUGAAGCACCACCGGGACCUCCGCAAGGUUUGCAAGCCGCGCAGAUAUCUCACAACACCGUGCACCUGACCUGGCAGCCUCCGCUGAGAACCAACGGAGUCAUCCGCAGCUACACAGUCCAGUACGGGGAAUCAGUCACGUGCGAAACACUAGAGUUUUCUCCAAAAGAAGUUACCACGUCAGACGGCAGCACCACUACCGUUAUCAGAGACCUGGUUCCGUACACAAACUACACAUUCCGGGUGCGGGGGGCGACAAGUGCAGGAGGAGGAGACUUCAGCAACUAUCCGACAGCCCCUGUGGUCUUCAAGGUUGCAGACGCACACGAUUGUAACUGCGAGGCAGCUAACGUCGCUCGGCAAGUGGCGUUGAACAUACAAUUCCGGCGCCCGGACAACGUACACGGUCCGCUGCAGGCGUACCAGGUCAGCCUGUACAACGGCUCUGCAAAAGAACCGUUCCACAGAGAGAACGUUACAUCAGGACUGCAGAGGGAGAACCUGACAGUCAUCGUCAGCUCAGCGCAGAUACAGCCUGCACGGAACUACUCUGUCACUGCAGUGGAUAAUGAAUAG